CUCUGGUCAAGGCAUUCGUGAACCUAAAUAAAUUAGUCUUUGACUCUCUCUCUCUGAACUCAAAUUUGGAAGAGAAAAACCCAGGGCUUCUCUGAUUGCGACCAUGGUGAAUCUUGAUUUGCCCGACCGUACCUCACCGCCUUCACAUAUUCUCCGCAGUAGAAAAUCCAAAUCCCCAGGGAAACAUGCUUCAAAGCCUUCUCCUCCAGAACCAGAACACGUGACAAAGAAGAACAGCAGCAGCAGAAUCUGGAACGAGGAAGAUGAGCUGACGGUGUUAAAAGGGUUAGUGGAUUAUCAAGCUCAGAAAGGAAUCGAACCCAGGAGUAACUGGGCUGACUUUUAUCGUUUUCUCGGAGGAGGCUCCAUCACGGGGAAAUUCUCAAAGGAACAGGUUUUGAGUAAGAUCCGCAAGCUGAAAGCUAAGCUCAUUGCUAGCAUGCAGAAAGGAAACACUAGCCAAUCUGAAGCCUUUCUACUUUCCAAAAGGAUAUGGGGCCUCCAAAAUGAAUCUGAUCAGUCUGCUAAUCACACCAAGAGUGCUGAGGAAAUGGCUAAUCAUGAACCUUCGAAUAAUGAGGUAACAAAAGCUGACAACGACGAGUCAUCAUCGGCUGUUCGUGAUGCGUUCGAGACCAUGGUGUCCAAAGGCUUAAGUGAUUAUCAAAAGAAGUUGCAGCUUGAGAAGCUGAUGAACCUUGGAUCUGGUAAAAGAAAAGAGCUGAGCGAUGAGUGGAACGAGUUAUGUGCUGAGGAAGUUAAACUCAAUAUCAAGAGGCUUAAGUUUUCUGCUAUGCUUGCAGAGGCUGCUAAAUGGAAGCAUGAGGACGAUGAAAACGUCUCCUAUACGGAAGCUAUUGUCAGGAGGAGAAAGCAACAGAAGAAAUAUCUGAUUUGGAAUAUGAACGACGUGCUUCUCAUUCUCAAGGGAAUUGUGGAAUAUGAAAAUGAGAGGGGAUUCAGAUACAAUUCUGAUUGGGAUAUCUUUUAUGGCUAUACCAAGGACUUGAUAAACAUACCCUUCUCCAAAAAGCAACUCAUGGAAGAGGUCAAGAAGUUGAAGAUGAGAUUUAAUUUCUAUUCGCAGAGAUCGAAGGAUGGGAAACAAUUUUCUUUUACUAAUUCUUAUGAGAAAGAACUCUUCAGAUUGUCAACAAUCAUUUGGGCUAAAAAUGAAACAGAAGAUACUUUUAGUGAGAAUAGGCAGGACCAAGCUAAGGUUCUUGUUUUGAACAAGGAUGUCCCUUUGGUGAAGCAAAAGCGGGUGAAUGACACAAGAAUGGAUAAAGAUAAAAGCGAGGAGUUAGGUGUUAUGGAUGAGUUUGAUGCUCUUCAGGACGCACUUGAGGCAUCGACAUCUUUUCAGAUUCUAGGGAAAACUCAACAGAAGAUGUUGUUUCAGAAUUUGAAAACUCUUGGAGCUCAGCGAAGGAAGGAGCUAGCUGGUGAAUGGAAGUCAUUGCUUAAUGAGGAGAUGGAAUUGCAUAUGAAGAAACUGACUUUCUUCGCACAGCUUUCUUGUGCAUGAGUUUCUGCUUGGUUC